AUGGGAGGAUGCUUCGCCAAGCCCAAGCCAGUUGAAGUGAAAAUUGAAGUUGUGAUCCCUGAGAAGGAGAGGAGCAAGGAGGAGAUGUCACCCAACGGGAGAGCCAGCCCCCUCAUCUACAAAGUCAACGGGACCGCCCGGCACUAUCACCUGGAGGAGCAUCCCAUUGCCAGCAACCCCUACCACAACCCCAAGGACGUGGUGGAGGCGUCUGUGUGCCACGUGAAGGACCUGGAGAACGGACAGAUGCGGGAGGUGGACCUGGGCUGUGGGAAGGCUCUGCUCAUCAAGGAGGGGGGUGAGUUCCACGCCGUGGGACACAAGUGUCCCCACUAUGGGGCUCCGCUGGUCAAAGGGGUUCUGUCCAGAGGGAGAGUCCGCUGCCCCUGGCACGGGGCGUGCUUCAGCAUCAGCACAGGUGACAUCGAGGACUUCCCUGGCUUGGACAGCUUGCCCAGGUUCCAGGUGAAGAUUGAGAAGGAGAAGGUGUACAUCCGAGCGAGCAAGCAGGCUCUUCAGACACAGAGGAGGACAAAGAUGAUGGCAAAGUGCAUCUCCUUGAGCAACUAUAACCUGAGCAAUACCAACGUGCUGAUCAUCGGUGCAGGGGCAGCUGGACUGGUCUGUGCAGAGACCCUGCGCCAGGAGGGCUUCUCAGACAGGAUUGUCAUGUGCACCAUGGACAGACACCUGCCCUACGACAGGCCCAAGCUCAGUAAGUCGAUGGACUCCCACCCAGAGCAGAUCGCCCUGCGCCCCAAGGAGUUCUUCCGCACCCACGACAUUGAGCUCCUGACCGAAACCCAGGUGGCAGCUGUGGAUAUCAAGAACAAGACAGCCGUGUUCAAGGAUGGGUUCAAGAUGGAAUACAACAAGCUGCUGAUAGCGACUGGAAGCACACCCAAGGCUCUCAGCUGCAAAGGCAAGGAGGUGGAAAACGUUUUCAACAUCCGGACGCCCGAAGAUGCCAACCGGGUGGUGAAGCUGGCCACGAGCAAGAACGUGGUCAUCGUGGGGGCAUCCUUCCUGGGGAUGGAGGUGGCUGCCUACCUGUCGGAGAGGGCCCACUCGGUGUCCCUGGUGGAGCUGGAGGAAGUGCCCUUCAAGAAGUCCUUUGGGGAGAGGGUUGGCCGCGCUGUGAUGAAGAUGUUUGAGACCAACAGGGUGAAGUUCUACAUGCAGACAGAGGUGUCGGAGCUGCGGGAGCAGGAGGGCAAGCUGAAGGAGGUGGUGCUGAAGAGUGGGAAGGUUCUGCGUGCCGACGUCUGUGUCCUGGGCGUGG